AUGGAGAAUACGACAGGCAUCUGGUCAAUGAGAUGUAUUCUGAUAGUGGAGAGAAACCACCUAGUCAUUGUGGAUAAUAGCACAGGGGAAGAACUGGAGAAGUUUCCCAUCCAGCUGGUGCAGGAUCCGACAGCCAUAUUUAAGAAUGAUCACAGAGAGAUCUAUAACAACCUGAUCCUGUUCACCAUCGUCGACGAUCCAAAGAAGCGGUCUCCACAAGCAGACAUGCACAUAUUCCAGAGCAGCAGGGCUCCUGCACAAGAAAUUGUUGAUGAAAUUCUGGCAGCAAAAAGUGGGCAGCAGCGGCUGCCUCAGGGAGGCGAGCCACGAGUGUUGCCCCCUACAGGAGCACUAGCAUCAGAUGCGGCCAGUAAAGCAUACAACUUCCAAGGAAUGAGGGAGUUCAUUGACUCCAGACAAUACCAGAUCAACAACACUGCUACAGAGAUGCAUCAGUUCAACCAGGCUUCCUACAACCAAGCUGCUUACAACCAGCAGAGUCAGUUUAGUGGGCCCUUGGUUCAACGGCAGUCACUUAUAACACGUGUCACUCCGCUCCGAGAGCGGGAGAGUAUAGAGCGGGGUAGCACUGAAGUCUUAGAGAAGGAUGUGCAAUUACUCAACCACUGUUUUGAUGACAUAGAGAAGUUUGUGGCAAGACUGCAGCAGGCAGCAGAGUCAUACAAGGAACUGGAGAAAAGAAAAAGGGACAGAGGUGCCAAAAACAAAAAGAAGCAGUCUGGAGACGGAAUGUUGAAUGCAAGAGCUAGACCACCUCCAGAAGCCCUAAUUAAUUGCAUACACUCUAACCUCAUUCAACAGGCUAAACUGAAGGCUCACAUCCAUGAUCCAAAUGCACCUGAACUGGUUCACUUCCUGUUCACGCCCCUGUCCUUAAUCUACGAGGCCAGCCGGGAUCCUUACCAUGGCAACCAGAACCUCGGGGACCAGGCUGUGGCUCCAGUGAUAACUGGAGAUGCCAAACAGCUUCUCCUGAACUGUCUGACCUCAAAGGAGAUUGAACUGUGGCACGCUUUGGGAAAACACUGGACAACCAGCAGAGAUGAGUGGCAAGGGCCAAUUCCUCCGUACGUGCCAGAGUUUUACGAUGGAUGGCAGCCAGCUGCAGGUCUGGAUGACCUUUCAUCGAGGUCAGCCAUCAUGGCACAGCCUAACAUCAUUGCCGCGCCUCUUCCUAUGAUUGAGCCAGCACGGACGCCAUCUAUAAUUGAUGUCAGGGACAGAGGACAUGUAAGUAACAACUUCUCUGAUGUGAUGCCACAGAGGCCCAUACCUUUCCCUGAUGAUGAUGGUCCUGUCGGGGACAUAUUCCAUCGUAACGAUGACUUCAAUCGAGCGUACAGACCCAACUCUCGGGAAUUUGACUCCAGGGGAUUUGAAGCAGAUGUCUCCAAGAAUACUGAGAGGAACCACCUUCCCCCUGGAGGUAUGUCCAGGCAAGAUGACAAUGCUGCCUACCUGGAUGAGCUCAAACGCAUGGAUGAUUCCAUAAUUUAUGAAGCAGCUCAUGAUAGAGUAGGCAAGAAUGCCAAAGAACUGACUGUGCAGAGAGGUGAUAUUGUGCAGGUGCUGGACAGCAGCAAGAAUUGGUGGAAACUACGUAACUACAAAGGCGAGAUAGGGUUUGCUCCCUACACUAUACUGAAAGCGGUCAGAGCAGAGGUGAGAAAGAUACACACAUAUUU